AGGAUUAUAGGUUUUUAGGUCACGCAGAAACCCUGGGGAACGCCUGAAAAGGCUAAACAUUAUGCACAAGCUGGAUGACGUGACCCCACUGCUGCUGUGUGGAGAGGGAGGCUGCUGAACCCGAGCUGGUGUGAGCUUCUCUUGCCGCAAGUCCACGGGUGGCCAGGAGCACGUGUUAGUCUGGUUAAGAGCUCUGCUCAGAAGUAGCCGCUGCAGCUGAAGGUUUUCAGGGGGCUGAAGGCUGGGCCGCUUCUUCAUUCAUUUCAGAAACUUGAACAGUGGGCCUUCUACACACGCUGUCUUUGUCAGCCUCAGGCAGUUCCUCCAUGGAUGAGACACAGGGGCCUCUGGCCAUGACUGUCCAUCUUCUUGCCAACUCUGGGCACGGCUCGCUUCUGCAGAGGACUCUGGACCAGCUCCUGGAUUGCAUUUGCCCAGAGGUCCGGCUCUUUCAGGUGUCUGAACGGGCCAGUCCUGUGAAAUACUGUGAAAAGUCCCAUUCCAAGCGGUCCCGGUUUCCAGGGAUGUCCGUGUUGCUCUUCCUGCACGAAAGCCCGGGAGAGGAUAGGCUAUUUCGCGUCCUGGACUCUCUCCAGCAUUCGCCAUGGCAGUGCUACCCCACCCAGGACACUCGGGGAAGGCUGUGUCCCUACUUUUUUGCCAAUCAGGAGUUCUACAGCCUGGACAGUCAGAUGCCCAUCUGGGGGGUGAGGCAGGUGCACUGUGGCUCCGAGAUCCUGAGGGUGACGCUGUACUGCAGUUUUGAUAACUAUGAAGACGCCGUCAGACUCUACGAGAUGAUCCUGCAGAGAGAAGCGACCUUGCAAAAGAGUAAUUUUUGUUUCUUCGUGCUCUAUGCCUCCAAGAGCUUUGCUCUGCAGCUCUCCCUGAAGCAGCUGCCCCCGGGAAUGUCAGUGGACCCCAAAGAGUCUUCGGUGCUGCAGUUUAAGGUUCAAGAGAUCGGCCAGUUGGUGCCUCUGCUACCCAAUCCAUGCAUUCCUAUCAGCAGCACCAGGUGGCAGACUCAGGACUACGAUGGCAACAAGAUUCUGCUUCAGGUCCAGCUGAAUCCAGAACUUGGUGUUAAGAAUGGCACCUUGGGAGCUGGCAUGCUUCCCCUGGGCUCCAGGCUGACUUCUGUCGCUGCAAAGAGGACCUCAGAACCCAGGAGCCAGAGGAACCAGGGCAAGAGGUCCCAGGGGCAUUCUCUGGAGCUUCCUGAGCCCAGUGGGAGCCCCACAUCAGACAGGUGUGCUGGCACUUCGUGGAAAAGCCCUGGCCGGUCAUUCCAGGUCAGCAGCCCAGCUAUGGGUGCCCACCUGCACCUGUCUUCUCAUCACCUUGAAUCCGGGGCCAGAAUGAAGGUCCUCAACCGGGAAAACAGCUUUCAGAAGCUUGAGGCCGAGACGAAUGUUGACACCGGGUUGACCAUCAUAAAUUCUGAACCCAGGCAGACUUAUUUUGGCGGAUUUCCAAGGGAUUUACAGACCAGCCAGCCACCAUUCUGCUUGCCAGCCUCUUCCUUGGGGGUGGCUACCUCCAAAAACAAAAGUGUCCUUAAGGAAAGAGUCUCUCCUUUGCCACUUGCUGGCCAAAGGGACCUUGGUACCAGGAAGACAAUUUCAGAAUGUCUCCUUCAUCUGCAGGUUCAGGGUGAAGAAAAAGAAGAAGAUGAAGAAGAAUUCUUUAUAUAGCAUAAAAUAAAUGUGGUUUUCUAAAACACAGGAUCAGAUAAAAUGUUCUAGAAAGGGAGUACUGACCCAGAAUCAGCCUGUUAGUUGUUCAUCUGAGGGGGGCUGAAUGCUCCCCAUGCACAAUCUGUAUUGAUUUUAUUUCAAAUGUUCAAAGUCUAAAGGUGCUGGGAAUGAUUGUUUAUUUGCCAUCACAGUCAUAAGAGAACACAGCCAACACACAGGGAAAAAAACCAAAUGCUUUUGUUCCCUGGAGAUGCACUAACCCAGCUGGAUGUGUUGAAUCCAGCACCUAUCAGGAUAAUUGCAUUGUAUGCAAAUGAAUCGGUGUGUUAUACAACACUAAUUAGUGUCUGUAAUUUGGUUUUAAUUUUUCCUUAGGUUGCAUAGCUCAUCCCCCUGGACAAUAUGGACUGCUAUUUAUUCUUGAAUGCUUUUUAAUUUUCAUGUGACCUCUUUUGGUAACUAGGCCUUGUUCACAUACCCUCCUUGUGAUUUUGUCUUUAAAGUUGUUUGUAUCUGGAGUGAGUGAAAAUGCAAAGUGUUUUGAAAAUUAUAAACAGUUAAUUUUGUUUUCCUGUUUAAUGAGCCAAAAUACUGGAAGCCAGAAAAUCAGGUUAAACAUGAAUGCUAGGCUCUAGGGCUUUCCUGCUCAUCUGCUUGUCAUUUGUUUCUGCAUUAUGUCAAAGAGGACAGUGGUUCUUGUUAAAAACCAAAGAGGAACAUUGAGCACAGUGGGAAAAUUGGACUGGUUGAUCUGGUCACUGGAGCAGGACUUGGGUUCUUCUGGCCAGAUUUUGACUCCCAGAUUCCUUUACAAAACGCACUCAUUCAUUCAUUUAUAUAUGUUCAUUCAAUAAACAUUUUUUGAAUACCUA